AUGUGUACAAACAUGAAUUGUUAAAGCAUAAAUUUUUAUGUGAACCACAGCAAAAGACUCAUUUGAUGCUUUCACUUUUACUCCUUACUUCCUUAUUUAUUCUUCUCUUUUUGCUCUUCUAUAAUCUUGUGUUAUUUUCUAUGCUGACUUACAAUUUUGAUGAACAAAACUCGAAAUUCCAUAACGGGUUUUUCUUUUCUUGGAUGGAUCCGAUGCAAAACUGAGCAGACAAUAAGAAAGAAGGUGGGCAGUUGUCAGGAGGGCUAAAAAGGACGUUAUAAUGAAGAACAAUAGACUGAUAUGGUAAUAGCAGCUGCGCCACUCCCUUCUGUUACUUCUCAUUCGAAAGUUCACAAUUUAAUUGAAAUCUUGGAUAAAGAAUAUUACUCGAAUUCUAUGUCCCAAGAAUUUCAUCAAGGUAUUUUCAGUUUCUCAAAUGGAUUCGAAAGAUCACGACAAGAACAACAGCAGCAGCAGCAGCAACUCGUAGCGCAACAGAUCCGCCCGGAUAAACUUAGAGUUCAAGGCUUUGAGCCUCCAACGCCAUUGGUAGGUAUGGAAGAAGUAUCCGGUGGACUUCCAGUGUAUGAAACCGCAGGGAUGUUGUCUGAAAUGUUCAAUUUUCCCUCUGGUACUUCCACAGCUACAGAAUUAUUAGAGAACCAGAUAUCACAGAAUUACCGGAAUUCAAGACAAACUCCGCCUACCGGAGCCGCCUCUAGCCAGUGGUUUUCCAAUCGGCAAGGGCUGGUGGUGGGUGGUUUGGGGCAUUUGGGGGAUUCAAAGGAACAGACUGUAGUCAAUGAAACUGCUCAUCAUCACCACCAGAAUCAGAUUUCAGGCAUUAAUGCCGACUCUGCAGCAGCCAUGCAGUUUUUCUUGAUAAAUCCACAACAGCAAAGGUCACCUUCACCAUCUCACUCUCAUCAUACUUCUCAGCCUUCAUCUUCGUCUACCCUCCACAUGUUGCUUCCAAAUCCUCCUCCUUCUUCCACUCUCCAAGCUUUCCAUAGCCAAGGAGGGGCUUUUAACGGCGUCGCAUCCCAAUUUACCUGGGCUCCAAACAUUGGCAAUGAAACCAACCCUAAUGAAAUUCCGGGAGUUGUGGAAGGGCAAGGGCUUUCUUUGUCAUUAUCUUCUUCAUUACAACACUUGGAAGCAGCCAAGGCUGAGGAAUUGAGAAUUGGAGAAGGAGGGAUGCUAUUUUUUGGUCAAGGUGGCGGGUCAACUUCAACACCGUACCAAUUCAAGAAUCUGGGUGAUGGCGUUGGUAAUCAGCCACUGCAUUUACAAGGGGUAGUGGGUCCGAACCACCAGCUACAUGUCGGCGUAGGGUCUUCCUUUUCAUCGGUCCAUAUGUUAAGGAAUUCAAAGUACGCUAAGGCUGCCCAAGAAUUAUUGGAAGAAUUUUGUAGUGUUGGUAGGUCUCAAUUCAAGAAGAACAAAUUUGGUAAGCAGAAUAAUGCAAACCCUAGUUCUAACCCAAGUGGCUCCGGUGGUGGCGGUGGAAAUUCAUCAUCUUCUUCAAAAGAUCCUUCUCCGUUAUCAGCUGCUGAUAGGCUCGAGCAUCAGAGAAGGAAGGUUAAACUAUCAUCUAUGCUUGAUGAGGUGGAUAAAAAAUACAACCAUUAUUGCGAGCAAAUGCAAAUGGUGGUGAAUUCUUUUGACAUGGUGAUGGGUUUCGGGGCGGCCGUGCCAUACACAUCUCUUGCACAGAAAGCCAUGUCUCGCCAUUUCCGGUGCCUGAAAGAUGCCAUAGCAGCACAAUUGAAACACUGCUGUGAGCUAUUAGGAGAAAAAGAUGCUGCUGGUUUAUCAGGAGUGACAAAAGGAGAGACUCCAAGGCUUCGAAUUUUGGAACAAAGCCUUAGACAGCAAAGAGCAUUUCAUCAAAUGGGAAUGAUGGAACAAGAAGCAUGGAGACCCCAAAGAGGCUUGCCCGAACGCUCUGUCAACAUUUUGAGAGCUUGGCUUUUUGAGCAUUUUCUGCAUCCGUAUCCAAGCGAUGCAGAUAAGCAUCUGUUGGCUCGACAGACCGGUCUAUCAAGAAACCAGGUCUCAAACUGGUUCAUUAAUGCUAGGGUCCGUUUGUGGAAACCCAUGGUAGAGGAGAUGUAUCAACAAGAGGCCACAGAAGAAGAGGCAGAAGAGAGAGAGACUAAUGCACAAACUUCAAUGCAGGCCAAUUCCGCCAUUGCUGCUGAGACAGCUGCUACUGCUUCUGCAAUUACUCCAUCAGGCAAAAGAUCCCAAAUCAAUGGACCAGAAAACGACCCUUCAUUCAUUGCAAUUAAUACUCACUCUUCCUCGGAAAACCAGGCAAAACAACCCAACAUAAUGCCUGAUUCCGCCUCCGCCAUGGCAGCGCAAUCCUUUCCGGCAGCAGCGCGCCACCAAUAUGGGACUGCCAAUACUGAUUCUGGAAAUGCUGAUAUUAAUGAAUCGACGCUUAUAAGAUUUGGGACGAGUGCAGGUGACGUGUCGCUCACGCUAGGGCUACGUCAUGCCGGAAACCUACCGGAGAAGAGUCCCUUUUUAGUUAGAGACUUUGGAGGAUGUUAGAGCUAAAUUAUACGAUGAUUAAAAUAAGAAAAUCUUCUUCUGAGUUGGUCUGUAUUAUGGUUAGCGGAUUAUUUUUGUUUUUCUUCCUCUCUCUAGACAAAUACAUAAUUAAAAAGUAGAAAUUAAGUAAUUUUAGCAAGGUGUAGUUUAUCAUAAUUGUAUAGUUACCACAUGAUAAUUAUUAUAUUCUGUAUGUUAUAAAUAUACGUAAUACUUAAAUUUAA